AUGCCAAUCGACGUCGGGAUCGUCACCGACGUGGGCGAAGCCUUGCUAGCAUUGAACAGAGCAGUGGCAGACACACCAUUCACAGCACCUCUGAACUGGAAAGAGACUGUACUGGGCAAAAGAAGAGAGCCGAAUUCCCAUGAAGAGCAAGACACCCAUGCCGAGGGUCGUAUGCAUCCGUAUCAUGCCAUGAAAGCGCGCUUCACGUCACUUGAACCGGGGUCAAUCAUCUCGAUUGAUGGCGGCGAAACUGGGAGCUGGGCAAAUGACCUAACUGAAAGCGCUAACCCCCAUCUCACUUUCUUCUCCGCUGGGUAUAUCGGCAUGCUGAGCAAUGGCUGGGGUUAUUCACUGGGUGCUGCGAUCGCAGAUCUCACAAGACUGGUUAUCAACAUCCAAGGCGACGGCUCGGCCGGGUUCCAAAUUGGUGAACUCGACACCUCCAAGGCUUCUUAUCGGGCGGUUGCCGAUGCCUUUGGGAUGCCAGCAGCCAAGGUAUCUGAAAUUGAUUUCAUCAACCCAACAGUGAGGAGCUUUUUGGCUAUGCAGGGUCCGGUCAUGCUUGAAUUGAUCGUCUCUGAUAAAAUAACCCACCCUGGGACGGCUGCGAUGAUUGGUAACACCUCUGAUCCAAACACCAUUGUGGUGCCUUACUAUGAUAACGUUCCUCGGCCAUACUAUAAGUAG